AAAAUGAAUGGACACUUUGUUGACAGGUCAAGUAGCGGCGGUUCUUUUGGCUGCGGUCGGGUGCAGGUGUCCGUCACAUUAAGUUUCCAUUCCUCUCUCCUGGACUCAGGAGACACCGAUUCCAUGCCACAACUGGCCUCAAAGAAAACGAUGGUGCAUCCCAGGUCUGCCGAUUGAGAAGUCUUCCCCGUCUACGCCAUACAAAAUGCACUUCGCGUUGCCGUCCAAGACCUCUCAUCCCCCUUAUGCGCGUGGCAGUACCGCCGCGUCCGCAAACUUAAGACGUCAGAAGCAGGUCCAAGUAGUUGGCUGCGUGGUACUAGGACUGCUAACGUUCUACCUCGCACUCAAGUCAAUACUAUAUCUGACUGCGUCGGGAGAGAUCGAAGACGGCGUCGCUGCGAUCGAGGGUCGUCAAGACAUCGUGGUCGUUACGGUCUUCGACAACAAUACCAUGAGCGAGGACUACAUACGACUUGUGAAAGCGAAUCGGGAAGAUUAUGCUGCACGCCAUGGAUACAAGAACUUCUACACCAAUGUGACCACCUACCACGGCCUCAUCCAGCCCGCUCCCCCUUCAUGGUCAGUCAUACCAGCAUUACGGCAUGCCUUGACAGCGCAUCUGUCAAGUACGUGGUUUUGGCUCUUGUCUGCGGAUGCCCUCAUCACCAACCCCUCGCUCUCACUCGAGUCGCAUAUACUGCAACCCCUUGAGUCCCUCAUGCUCAAGGACAUUCCAGUCGUACCACCCGACUCGGUCAUACACACGUUUUCCCACUUGAAGCCGUCUCGCACGCACCUGAUCUUGUCUCAAGAUAUGGACAAUCUGGCUCACACAUCUCUCCUUUUACGCAAUACCCCCUUCACGACCGCAACUCCAGACAAUUGGGCUCAGUACUUUCUGGAUGCCUGGUUUGAUCCUUUAUAUCGUGCCUACCAAUUUCAGAAAGCCGAAAACCACGCGCUGGAGCAUCUCGUACAGUGGCAUCCUACAGUCCUUGCCAAGCUGGUGCUGAUUGAGCAGCGACGCUUCAAUUCGUACAAUUUUGCGACUCCGCCAAUUCGAGACGAGACAGGUUCACUUCGUACACAUGACAGUAUGUGGCAAGCAGGAGAUUUUGUUGUGAACCUGAAGGACUGCAGGGAGGGCGCCAAGCGCGGCUGCGAGGAAGAGAUGUGGGAAUACUUCACUAAAUGGGAGAAAGAGGUGGAAAAGUUGGACGGGAAGCGACCCGAGCACAACCUUGGACCUCCCAAACCCAUUCCGAAGCCUGUAAAGGAAGGGAGCAAAAAAGCGAAUAUCAUGCAUGAGAGUGAUUGAAAUGGACAUGUUCGGUCAUCG